AUGAAUGAAGUUUAUAAUGAAGUACAACCUGCUAAAUUAACAGGAUCUAGAUCAUCUAAAAGAAGAAAUAGCACCCAUAGACAAUCCCCAUCUCCACAACCAUCAUCAUCUUAUCUCCCUUCACAUGCUCAUGAAUCUUAUACUCAUGAACAAGCUACAGGGGGGAAUAACUUGCCACGCACACGAUCAUCAUCCACAUCCUCAACUUCGAUAACGCUGCCCACCACCACAACAGCCACCAAUGAGCCAUCAUCAUCGGCAUCAUCAAAUUCAUCCAAUAUACAAGACCUUACCCAAUGGCCACCUACUUUACUGUAUUUUGUAAAUCGAAGUUUUGCAGAAUCGAGAAAAUUAUCUGAUCCUAAAAAACCCGAAUUUACUCGUCAAUUACAAAAAAUUAUUGAAUUGGCAGUUGAAAAAAAUAUGAUUUGGACAAAUGAUUGGACGAAUCAAAAAGUUCCAAUUUUACAUGGCGGUGGUCCAAUGUAUUUAGCCUCUGAUAGACCAAGACGUAGUUCUCAUUCAAGAUCUAGUAGUAUUAAUGAUGGCGUAGCCACCACCACUACAGCAACAGCAUCCGCGACCAUUCCAAGAUCCGUAAGUGACGCAUCCAGAGCAUCAUCUAUCCUGCUAAAACGUGCUGGUAGUGCCAACGAAGACUUUGAUACCGAAGAAAAGAAACGUCAACGUUUAGAACGUUUCGAAUCAUCAUCCCAAGUGAAAACCGCGACAACACAAAUGAACGCGUCAGUUUCACAAGGAGGUGGAUUUGUUGGUAGAUGUACUGAUUUAGAAAAACGAUAUCUUCGUUUAACAUCCGAAGCUGAUCCUGAAAGAGUUAGACCUCAAUGGAUUUUAGAACGAUCCUUAAAGCAUGUUACUCAUAAAUAUCAAGAAACAAAACUGUAUAAUUAUGUUAUUGAUCAAUUAAAAUCAAUACGUCAAGAUUUAACUGUUCAACAUAUCAAAAAUGAUUUUACUAUUGUUGUUUAUGAAACUAAUGCCAGAAUCUCAUUAGAGAAUGAAGAUUUAAGUGAAUAUAAUCAAUGUCAAUCACAAUUAAAAUAUCUUUAUUAUUUAAGAAGAAGAUCGGAUGAAACUUUUAAAACAAGAUUUUUUAGAUGUGAAGUUGAAUUUUUAAUAUAUCGAAUAAUUUAUAUGAUGAUUACAAAAAAAUAUGAAGAUGUUUAUAAAUUGAAAUUAACAAUUUUACAAUCUUUUAGUAAAUUUGAUAAAACUAGAAGAGAACAUAUUCAUUUUAAAUUUAUUGAAUCAUUAUUUAAAAUUAAUGGAUAUAUUUUAUUAGGUAAUUAUAUUGGAAUAUUUCAAGAAAUUGCAAAAUAUAAUUCAAUUGAUGAUACAAAAUUAGCUCGUAAAUUAUUUGAAAAGAUUUUAUUUAAAAGAAUUAGAAUUGAAUCUUUGGUUACAAUUUCAAAAAGUUAUAGAAUUGUCCCAAUUGCAUUAUUAGUUGAUAGUUUGGGGUUCGAAAAUGAACAAUCUUGUAUUGAAUUCUUAACUGAAUAUGAAUUACAAUCAUAUAUAUCAAAAGGUACCACGUUACAAUUCACUCCUGAAUGUAAACGUGAUGUAUUAAAUAUUUCCCAAACUCGAGAAUUUAAAAAAGUGGAUAUAAAAGGGCAGAUAUAG